AUCACAGCCUCAAACACACAGACACACAAGCAAAUAAAAUAAAAACCUGUCAAAAGACAAGAAAGAAGAUAAGCAUGUCGAAUACAUUCACGAUGGUUGGGGGUGAAGGUCCUAACAGUUACCAACAACAUUCAAAAUACCAGGGAGCAUUACUUGAAGCUGCAAAAGAGAAGAUCAACGAAGCCAUCUCCACGAAGCUCGACAUCGAUCUCACUCCAAGUCUCGUUAACAUAGCAGACUUCGGUUGUUCCACAGGACCAAACACAUUCGCUGCGGUACAAACCAUAGUAGAUGCCGUGGAAAACAAGUAUCAAAAAGACAUUGAGUUCCAAGUUUUCUUCAACGAUUCUUCAAACAACGAUUUCAACACUCUCUUCAAUACACUUCCUCCGAGUAGAAGAUAUUUCGCGACCGGAGUUCCCGGUUCUUUCUUUGGUCGUGUUCUUCCUAAGAACAGUUUCCACGUGGGAGUUUCUUCUUACUCACUCCAUUUCGUAUCCAAGAUUCCCAAAGGAAUUAAAGAUCGCAAUUCUCCGGUGUGGAACAAGGACAUACAUUGCACGGGAUUCUCCAAAAAGGUUGCGAACUUGUAUCGUGAUCAGUACAAGAUCGAUGUGGGGAGUUUCUUGAACGCGAGAGCUCAAGAGCUCGUGUCUGGUGGGUUGCUAUUGCUUCUUGGAUCAUGUCUACCAAAUGGAGUUCUAAUGUCCGAAACCGUUAAUGGAAUGAUGAUAGAUUUCAUUGGAUCUUCCCUUGAUGAAAUGGCUAAGCAGGGUCUGAUAGAUCAAGAAAAGCUUGACACAUUCAAAUUGCCUAUAUAUCUUGCACAUGCGGAUGAGUUGAAAGGAAUCAUUGAGGAGAACAAAUGUUUCACGACUGAGUUAUUCGAGAGCAUUAGGCAUGCGAAGGGGGAGUAUCCUUUAGACCCAGAGUAUUUGAUGCUCACGUUUAAAGUGACGGUAGGAGGAACUGUAGCUUCACAGUUUGGGCAAGAUGUAAUGGAGAAAACCUUUGAGCUUGUGAAGGAAAAGACACAAGAAAUGCUUCCUCAGAUAGCCAAAGCUAAACCAGGGAUGCAAUACCUCAUUGUGCUUCGGAAAAAUUGAGGCCAUGAUCAAUGUAGAUCAUUCUCAAACUAUGUGUUGCAAUUACAGUGAUGUAAUCAUGCUUGCGUGUGUGGGUUUUUUCUUGUCAUCAUUAUGUUGAUUUCUAAAUUUACAAUUUGAAUUUUACUAUGAGAAUUGUGUCACAUUUCUUGGUUGUUAGUCCUAAAAUUCUGAGCAUUAUACUUAAGGUUAAUAUUUAAAUAAAAAAGAGACAAGUAUUUUAUUUUAUUUUUAAGACAGUACUAAUAUUUGUAUUUUU